AUGGAGCAACAAUCCCGGAAACGGUCGCGCCCCCCGUCGCCUUACCCACAAGGUGAAGCUAGGAACAGUCCCUCCAAAAGUGGCGAUGGAAGUAAGCAAAAGAAGCACCAAGAACCAAAAGAGAAACGAGCCUUGGCAGCCGUGACGCAAGAGAACAAACGCCUACGAGCGCAUCGUGCAAAUAUCGUAGAAAAUGAACGUCUCAAGGCAGAAAUCGAUGCCUUGUCAAAGUGCAAUCUCGAAAAAGUAGAAGAGAUGGCUUCCUUGAAAAAUAACAUUUCGACAUUGCAAAAAACGUUAGGCACGAGCAGUGAAGAAAUUGCCCUUUUGAUGCAGAUCACUACGACUACGUUGCCAACUGAUUUGGCAGCUGCUGAGCAGCGAAUGCACGACAUUCACGACAGCUGGAGAGAGCAAGUUACACAACUUGGUGAAAAACAAUCCCAGGUGGAUUCCUUGCGACAUGAAUUGCAGCAGGUGCAAGAAGAAUUUCAAAAAGACACACAGAAUCUGAUCCAAGAACGUCAAGAACGAAAACGAUUGCAAGGACGCCUGGACGAAUUGCGUAAGGCAUAUGAAUCUCAGGGGAAAGCUGCUCAGUGGCACAAUAUCCUAAGAGGUUCUGUUGCGAUGGCGACGAUGCCUCCUACUGCCAUUAAGAAGGAUUGUGGUUGA